AUGCCACCCCCCUGCCCCGGUGACGUCGCCCUCGCCCGCUCCGGCGACGUCGCCGGCGACGAGCCCGCCUCCCCCGCCUCGGCCUCUCCCCCGACCCCUCCUCCUACCGCGCCCUCGCCCAGGCCCUCUGCUGCCGCGGCCAGGCCCGCUCCGCCGCCUCCCUGCUCGACGUCAAGCUCCAUCGCGGCCUCGUUCUUCCUCCUCCUUCUCCGUCGGCGCGCCAACGCGAGACGAAGACGGAGGGAUGCAGACUCGGCCCGGAGCCAGUCGGAGUCGCGGGGGAAGAGCGCAGAGAGGUGGGAGGCGCCGCCAAUCCGCGCUGUCACGGGGUUAGCAGGUCACCCUCCCGCCGCGGCCGCAGCAUCUCCACCGUCCGCAUCUCCAUCCGCUCCCCCUCCUCACCAUCACUCUCCUCCUCCUCCUCUGCUCGUCGUCUCCGGCAUCGGCAUCGGCGUCGUCAUCUCCAGCGGAGGCUGCGAGGCUGCCGGAACUGUGCCCGUCGCUAGGGCUGCGGGCGCGCGAUUGGCCCCGGCAGAGUGUUGA